UUCCCCUCCCUGAAAUCGACCCCUGGCUACGCUCUUGAUAUUCAUUAGAGCUCGUGACGGGAUCCCGGCUGUAUUUUCGGAAUCCCGAUCCGGGAAUUUUGAUAAAAAUCGCGAUUUUUGGGAUUUUGAUCCUGAAAAUCCUGUCCUGGUAAAAAAUUAAUAAAUCCCGUAACGGGAUCCGGAUUUUUUCAAAUUCCCAACUCUAAUAUUCAUGUUGUUUCCUUAAACUUUGUUAGAAUUUUCGAUGAUUUCUGUUUUUUUUUUGAAUUUAUUCUAGCUAAUUUAUCCUUUUAUUUUCCCUUUUUUUUAAAUAAAAAUAAAUUUAAAAAUAAAAAUCAAUUUAAAAAUAAAAAUAAAUUCUUUCCUUCAUUUUCUUUUUUUUUUCAAAGGUUUACAACAACUUUUGAGCAUUCCAACUUCAAGUGGUCUUUUAUCUCACAGAGUUAGUUUAAGAAUAAGCAGAAAAAUGGCUGAAAUUCUUAAAAAUCAUAUUCGUAUAUCUUCUUUAAAUGCUACAAAUCCUUCAUUGGCAGCACAAUUAAAAUCUGAAUUAAAUAAACAGUUUGAAGCGUUGAAAGCUAUGCAUUUGAGUGGACCUGACAGUGGCAGUAUUCGUGCAGAAAUUAUUAGGCAUGUUUGGGCAUUUAUUGAGCCGAAAGAGUUUAAUUCUCAUUCUAAUGAAGCACGCGCUACACUUCUUGGAUGGUUAUUACGAACAGCUAAGCCUGGUGCUGAACUUCAAUGGUGUAAAUUGUCAUUCUUUUGGGAGUGGUUUGGUUUUGAUCCAUCUAUACCCAAUUCACAUUUGGCUGCUGAACCAGUAAUCUCUACACUUCGACAUUUAUUAAAUACAGGCCAUACUCCUUUGGGAAAUUCACUUGUUGAUUUUUUGAUUAAGUCAACCAGCGUUCUUUAUCCACCAUUAAAUUUCUUUUUUGUAAAUUCUAUCACUGCAGCAAUGAAAUCAUUGGAAACGACUGCUUGUUUGCAAGUUUCACCAGUCUUUCUUCACAGCAAAUUAGACCAAAUAUUACGUGAUCAAUUUCGUUCAACUUUUCCAGAUUUUUUUCCUAAACGUUUAACAUCUAUAGCAGAUAAUUUGGCAGCUCCAUCUUCUAUAAUUGAUUUUGAAGCUAUUCGGAAAACAACAACAAAUUCAUCUACAAGUUGUACAAGUUUAGUUAAUAAACAAUCAAAUGUUGGUGUGACAACAGAAAAUUUGAUGGAAAACGAGAAACUCGAAAAAAAUGUUUUGAUUAAUGGAAGAGUAGUUAUGGGUGGAGGAGUAGGUGGGGGAUCAAAUGUCGUCUCUAGCAGUACCAAUGAAUCUAAAUUGUCAACAACUUCAAGCAGUACAGGGCAAAUUAAAGUAGAACCUGAAGGUGUGGGAGGAGAAGGUUUCGGAAAAAAUUUAAAAAAUGUUGGAGAGAGUGUAAGGGAAGGAGGAAGAGAAAUUGGUGGAGGGGGGACAGCAGGAGGAAAGGAAAAGGACGGAGGAAUGGGAGGAGGAGGAGGAACAAUUUUGAGAACAACUUCAGGAACUCGUAGACCUUUAACUACAUCAACUUCAUCAAUAGAAAUAUCCACUUCCCCUUUAAAGAAAAAAUUAAAAAAAGAGGAAGAAGCUGGGGGUGGACGUUCUCCUCAACUUGAUAAAUUUAAAAAAGAAAAAAAGAAGGAAAUAAAACAACAAAAAUUAUUGAAGAAAAAUGAAGGAGGAGGAAUUAAUAAUAAUUCUAAAUUGACUUCAAAUUAUGUUGGCGGUGAAGCAGCAACAACGAAAAAAUUUGGAAGCGAACUAGCAGUAAAAUCAUCAAAAAGUGACGAUUCUUUACAAUUAACAAUUGCUGAGGAUGAAGAGGAGGAGGAAGAAGAAGAAGAUAAUGAGAAAGAAGAAGGAAAUGUAUGGGAAGACGAGGAUCAAGAAGAAACUGAAGAAAAGGAUGGUGAGGAUGAUGAAGCAGACUUACAAAGUACUUCAAAACGUUUACCUUUAACUUCUCUUUUACCAAUGGUUAGAGAAGAAUUUCGUGAACAUUUGGAAGGAAUGUUUAAAGCAAUAAAGAAGAAGCAACAAAAUUUGUCUUUGGAAGAAGCAAUUAAUUCAAUGCAGAAUUUGUUGGAUAGUAUUUUUGAUGCGAAUGAAAUGGAAUGUGACCAAACUGAAUACAUCGGCCUCUGUUUAAUUAGAAUUUUUGACACUUAUUUGGAACAAACACAAAGCUAUUUGACUUGUCAGGAACCUUCUGAAGAUGAAAUUUCUGAAAUAAUGGAACAACCACUUUAUCGUUUCUUCAAAACUUUGUGUCGUUCUGGUGAAGAAACAGAUACAAGACAAUUUCUUUUAUCAAUAUUGAAAAAAAUGAUGGAAGAAUGUAAUCGAAUUGGUUAUUUAUUUCUUUUCUUUCUUUCAAGUAUUGAAAGUGAAAAUGGAAAUGGAGGAGGAGGUGGUGGAGGUAGUGGACGUUCAAGCAGAUUAGGAAAUAAUGGAAGUAGUUGGCCGUCUGUUGACCAAGCUUUGGAAACUUACAAAACUGUGUGUCAAUUAAUGGAUACUGAAUGGGAAAAACAAUUGGCUAAAGACUUGGAGCAAUGUUCAUUUGACGAUUACCAAUUAUUUUCCCAUUUACUCGUUAAUGUAUUAGCUCGUUUAACACCUUAUGGCCCACCAACAAAAGUUAUGCGUUUAAUUUGUGGUUCAAUGAAUACUCGCCUUUUGUCACGUUUAAUGAGUGAAAUUGUUCGUGAAAAUGUUGUUUUAUUUGGUGAGGGAGAUGUGCUUUCAAUGUUAGUGGAUUCGCUUAAAUGGGACUCUUUAGAACAAAUGAUGCUUUGGCAAAUGUUGCAAACGGAAGCUGUGGAGUUUGACAAAUUUAUUGAUUUAUUGCAAAGACUAAAUUACAAUCAACAUCCAGAAGCUACAGCAGCCGUUAUUGUUAUUAUGAGAAAUAUGGAACCAGAUCCAGAUGUUGCUAUAAUGAAAAGUUUACUUCGAAAUUUACUUUUGAGACCGCCAAAUAAAGAUUUGUUUACUGUGGAUGCUAUAAAGUUACUUAUUGACUAUGAUGAUAAUAUUCCACCAGUAGCCAAUUGUAUUAGUAAAUUUGUGAAGAAAGCUGUAGCAGAUGGUGAUAUUAAAGGUCCAAUUUGUAGUCCAAAACAUUCUUCUAUUAAAAUGGGGAAAAAUCGUAUAUUGACUGCUGAAUAUAUUUUUGGACAUUUGGAUCGUUUGCGUAAAUAUUGUAUGGAAAAAGAAUCACAACGUGCCGAAAAUUUGUUAAAAAAUCAAUUAUUGUUGGAUAUGGCUUUAUUAGUUAAAAGAAAUGUCAAAACAAUUGAAUUGAGAAAUAAAUUUGAUGAAUUAUUUGCUUUAUUUGACAUUUUAUUGGAAGAUGAACAAGCUACAAAUGGAGGAAAACAACAACGACGAAAAGCUAAUAAUAAGGUUAUAAAAAAUAAAAAAAUUAAUAUGAAUGUUAGGUCGUUUGUUAAUUGGUGA